UUGAUGCUCUGUAGAUCCCCAUCGGCAGCAACGUUCCAUAUUCUUCUCCUCGCUGCUUUCAGACAAAAACCUUCUUUUUUCUCUCUCUAUAAAUAUUUAUCUAGCGUACUGAGUACCUAUAUUUCCACAUUCCUCUCUCUCUCUCUCUCUCGCUUCGGUGGGUGUGUGUGUAAAGAUCAGUUGAGGUGCAGAGGAUAAAGAAAAAUGGGUUCUCUAUCUCUCUACCCUCAUCUUCUAUCAACAAACAAUUCGAAGUUCAAUUCCUCCAAAACCCUAUUUUUCUUUAGCUGCUCCAGUCAUGGAAAACCUGAACGCGUCGCUUUGUUCAAGAACACUUCGCGAAUGACUCGAAUUUUCUGUUCAUCUUCCUCAAAGGACGGUUCUAAUCCCAUCCCUGCGGGCGAUGACGUUCCAAGCAAUUUCUGCAUUAUAGAAGGACCAGAGACUGUUCAGGAUUUUGUUCAGAUGCAGCUCCAGGAAAUCCAGGACAAUAUAAAGAGUAGGCGCAAUAAGAUUUUUCUCCUUAUGGAAGAGGUACGGAGGCUACGAAUUCAACAACGCAUAAAGAGUGUCAAAGUCAUUGAUCAGAAUGGGGAAGAGGAAAAUGAGAUGCCUGACAUCCCCUCAUCCAUCCCCUUUCUCCCUCACGUGACCCCGAAGACAUUGAAGCAGCUUUACCUGACAAGCUUUUCAUUCAUAUCUGGAAUAAUUGUCUUUGGGGGUCUCCUGGCACCAACUUUGGAGCUGAAAUUAGGCUUAGGAGGCACCUCAUAUGAAGAUUUCAUACGCAGCAUGCAUUUGCCUAUGCAAUUGAGUCAGGUGGAUCCUAUAGUGGCAUCCUUUUCUGGUGGGGCAGUGGGUGUAAUUUCGGCAUUGAUGUUACUAGAAGCCAACAAUGUUGAGCAGCAAGAGAAGAAAAGGUGCAUGUAUUGCCACGGAACAGGAUACUUGGCAUGUGCCCGCUGUUCUGCAAGUGGUGUGUGCUUAAAGAUUGAACCCAUUUCAGUUGUAAGUGGUUCUGAUCGCCCAUUGCAAGCACCCACUACUCAAAGGUGUCUAAAUUGCUCAGGAGCCGGAAAGGUUAUGUGCCCAACAUGCCUGUGUACGGGGAUGGUGAUGGCUAGUGAACAUGACCCACGAAUAAAUCCAUUCGACUAGAAGGGUACUGAGGCUAGCAUUUUCAGCAUUGUAACUAUCUUCUUUUAUCUGAAUUGGUAUUUGAUGGUGUGCUGGAAAUCUAGAGGUGUGAGAGGAGGAGGCUGAAAAGCCCUCCACUAAUAUGAGUAUUUAUAUUUUGUGGGUUGUAGAAUACGAAUGAAUAAAGUAAUCAGAUAAAUUGACAAAGGCACGAAUAUUAGUGGGUCAUUGAAAAGCUUGGCUAAUCCACUCUAAUAGAGUCUUUCACUCCCUCCAGCAACUUAUGUUACUAGGUGAGGAAGUUGAUGGUUACAAUUUUUCGGUG